UGGCAGCCUCUGCGCCUCGUCCUACCCGUCGUCAUCUCCUUCGUCGCCCUCAUGCUCGCCGUCGCUACCGUCGUCAUCUGCAGACGCAAACGGAACCAGAACUCCCCGAAGCGAAGUACGAACUCCACAGCAGCGAAGGGGACCAACGAGGCACCGGCUCUGAAAGAAAAAGAAGCUGUGCAGACUUAUCAUAAAUCUUUCGAGUACGCUUCGGACGAUAUCUAUCAUUACGCUUCAGCAAGUUAUCAGUUCGGAAACUUGACCCCACCACCUCCUACGCCGGCGGCUUCAGAUGACGCUGAGACUCGCACCGACCAACAAACUAAUUGCAACCGCGGCCAUCUUCCAACCAAUGCCCACCUUGUGCUGGCGGAAGAUUGCAUUGUUCAACACGGUACUGAGGACGUCGUAAGACGGCAACGACAGCAGUACGAUGAAAGCGAACAAGCGGAACACCACGACCUCCGUGAGAAUAUGACUAGCUUCAACAAUAUUCUGUACCAGGCACCAUCUCUUCAGGACGAGGACGCCGCUGUGAUAGAA